GAAAGUUGUUGUUGUUGUUGCAAAAGCAUGUUAAUCACUUUUAGGCGGUAGAUCUCACUUAUUGAAUGAUUAUGAUAGGAGCAAAACGUGCAACAGAUUUUAUGAGAUGUUUGACAAUAUCUUACACGGCACGGUGUUGCAAUAAGUCGUCCUAAUUAUCAUGUACUAGUACUUGCGUUAGUAUUUUUUGCAUUUCUCCCGUCAAUGGAAGCUGUCCACUAUGACCCCUCCCACUUCUCCCCAAAAUAGACCCUAACGCGAAGUAAACGCUAAAUAAACCCACGAAAACAUCCGUUUUCACCUUAAAUCAACCCGUACGUCGCAGUGGGGAUUAUUUCCGGCGGCAAAUGCGAGAUUAAUUCUGUCUACGUGAAUCGCUCGCGUUCGUGUUCGUUUCGCGGGAAAACGGGCGGAGGAAUAAAACAGCGGAGGGGGGAGUGGUGCGGCUGGUUUUAGUGCAGCCGGCGCAGCUCUCAGCUGUGAUUCUCACGCUGCUGAUGACAGACUGUAGUUCGUCCUCACCGGGUCGCUGGUGCAGUCAUUCAACUCUCCAUGCAUGCUUCACACAGCCUCGCGGAAACCGCCGUCAACGCCUCCGUGGAAGGAUUUAAUGUUACUUUCGAGUUGGAAUAACUUUCCUACCCUUUUUUGCGCCUCUUGGGUUGAUUUCGCCCGGUCUUCUUCCGCCGACAGUUUACGUACUAAAAGCUUCGCAAUAAGGAAAAAAGACACCGGAGACAAAAUGCCGCUGGAUUCAAGUUUGGCGAGUAAAAACUACGACUACGACUACGACUCCUUUCAGCCGUUAUUCUACGACAACGAGUUAGAGGAUUUCUACGCUCAGCAGCUUCAGCCUCCGGCGCCGAGCGAGGACAUCUGGAAGAAAUUUGAACUGCUGCCGCCGACCCCCCCGCUCUCCCCGAGCCGCCGGCCGUCCCUGUCGAGCCUCUUCCCCUCCACGGCGGACCAGCUGGAGAUGGUGACCGAGUUCCUGGGCGACGACGCGGUCAGCCAGAGCAUCAUCUGCGACGCGGACUACUCGCAGACCUUCCUCAAGUCCAUCAUCAUCCAGGACUGCAUGUGGAGCGGCUUCUCCGCCGCGGCCAAGCUGGAGAAGGUGGUCUCCGAGCGGCUCGCCUCCCUGCACGCCGCGCGCAAGGAGUCUCCGGCGCGCGACUGCGCUGGCCCGGAAGUCGGCGGAGGCGCGGCGGCGGCGGCGGCCGCGUGGCUGAACAGCAGCUACCUGCAGGACUUGAACACGUCCCGCGGGCGGGAGUGCAUCGACCCGUCCGUGGUGUUCCCCUACCCGAUGGCGGAGACCCCCAAGCAGGGGCGCCGGGACGCUCCCCCAGCAGGGACCUUGGGACUGGAGACGCCGCCUAACAGCAGCAGCAGUAGCAGCAGCAGCAGCUGUAGUGACUCAGAAGAUGACGAUGACGAUGAAGAGGAGGAGGAGGACGAUGAUGAUGACGACCAGGAGGACGAGGAGGAGAUCGACGUGGUCACGGUAGAGAAGAGGCACGGGGUGAAGCGGUCCGACCCCACCAGCCCCGCGGAGACCAGGCACAGCCCGCUCGUGCUGAAGAGGUGCCACGUCUCCACCCACCAGCACAACUACGCCGCCCAUCCCUCCAUGAGGCAGGAGCAGCCGGCAGUCAAGAGGCUGAAGCUGGAGAGCAGCAGCAGCAGCAACAACAGCGGCGGCGGAGGAAGCGGCGCCCACAGAAGGGUCCUCAAACAGAUCAGCAGCAACCGCAAGUGUUCGAGCCCGCGGACGUCUGACACGGAGGACUACGACAAGAGAAGGACUCAUAACGUUCUGGAGCGUCAGAGGAGGAACGAGCUCAAGUUGAGCUUCUUCGCCCUGCGAGACGAGAUCCCCGAGGUGGCGAACAACGAGAAGGCGGCCAAGGUGGUGAUCCUGAAGAAGGCCACGGAGUGCAUCUACAGCAUGCAGACGGACGAACAGAGACUCCUCUCGCUCAAGGAACAGCUGAGGAGGAAGAGUGAGCUUUUAAGGCAGAGACUCGCACACCUGCACAGCUCUCGAGCUUGAAGUUUGACUCGGCGUAGACUUUUUGGCCUUUUUUUGUUUUGUUUUUUAUGCAAGUUCAAGAAUUUGGGGGUGUACAGUUGUUGUUGCAUGGAAAUGCAAAGCGGAUUAAGUUGUUUGGAAUCUUGUUUGAUUUCCAUGUUAAAACUGCCUCAAUUGAAGUUAUGGGUGGAUUAAAUAUUUAAAAGUUUAUUUUUAUUAAUAAAAUAUUAAAAAUCGGCGCUGUUCAGGGCCCGAACUAAAAUAUACAUUUUUACGUUUUGUAUAUAAUUAAUAUUUCCUAAGAAAAUGUAUUUUUGGAUCUCAAUUGUCUGAAUGUUCAGACUCUGUUUUGGUUUUUCCAUUAUGUUUCUAGACUUUUUGAAAUAUAAAAAAGUUUCUUCUUGAAUCUGUGUCCUUGUUCUUGCACUACAAACACACACAUGUUACAGUUCGUCACCGUGGAUACAUUAACAUGUAAUGGAGGUAUACAUGUUUGCAUUGGCGCGGGUUCAUCAGUGAUUGCAUGGUUUGAAUAAAGUGACUUUGAUAAGGUAA